CUCUUGCAUCAGCUGUCGGGAUCCCAAGAAGUGAUUUGUUUGUAAAUAAGAUGAAUUACAAUGCCAAGCGCGUCAUGCGACAAAAUUCGGUGUGCAUUGGGGCCAGCGACUUGGCGUCGCCGCCAAUAAUGAUCGGACCCACUACGCCCUCGGCGCCCAGCACGCCGCAACUGCAGACACCGGAGGACAUCAAACCGAUUCACGUCCAGCGCCAGGUCAUCCUGCUGCAAAGUGGAAGCAUACCAACGAAUCCAGCCCAGCAGCAUGUAAACAUACCACCACAGAGUGGAGGAAGUGGCUCCGCCAGCGGCAACGUUGCCAAUGUUCAGAUAGCGGAUGACGCGCCCGUCUCUCUGCUAACGGAGAUCGCCGACAUCAUGCGCAGCUUCGGUGACAGCGAUCAGCCGCGCACGGCUAGCGUCAAGCUGGUAGAGCAGAUCCUGCAGCAGCAGCUGCGCGGCAUCUUUAACGAGGCCUCCCUGGUGGCCAUGCGGCGCAAGCAGAAUCCGUGCCCCUCGCAGGCGGACUUCGAGUUCCUCAUGCGCAACCAUCCGGUGAAGAUUGCACGCAUGAGAAAGCACCUGAAGGACAUGAGAAUUCUGAAGAAGUUCCUCAGCAUUCGGACAGGCCGGCCCCAGGAUUUCAUGGACGAUCUGGAACAGCAGGAGGAAGACGAGGAACUAGCCAUAGAUGUGCACGAGCUGCAUGACGAGGACCGCAUGCGACGCCUGUUUCGCGCCGAUCGAAUCUCGCAGAUCCUAACGGGUCAGCAGUACCUGGAGUUUAACGAGGCGCGCAAGACUUCCUUCUACUGCCGACAUGGUGAGAAGAUCAAGAAUAAGUUCCGCCGCUUUCUCGAUCUACCCGCCGACCUGCGUAUCCCCACGCCCACCAUGAACAUCCUGGCCUAUUUGGCGCACGAGACUAUUGCCGCUAUCGUUGAUUACUCGAUUCUGACGCGUCUGAAUUCGGACAACCGCGCUACAGAGCCAUACAGCCGGGUUACCUCCGCCGGCGGCAGUCCAGCCAUGAUGCAUGUGUGCCCCGAGGUCACCCAGGGACGGGGCAUGGAGGUGGUGAAGCCCAUUAGUGUCCCGGAGAUUCAUGAGGCCAUGCGCAGAUUUCGCCAAAUGAGUAGCCGCAAAAUUGGUCGGUAUCGCAACUCCUGUGACAUAGACUUCAGGCGGAGCUUUUUAGCCAUUUAAAUUUUGUCUUAAUUUUUGGUUUAAGCCUAGUCUAACUUUAUUUUAAGGCAAUCGAUAGACGCCAUCUAAUUUUUAUUAUUCUAAUUUUAAAGGGAAUUCGAAAGGCACAUAUGAGAAUUUUGUGAAAAUAUUACAUCAACCCAUUACAGAUAAAUUGCAUUAUUAUUUAAGAAUAAAGUAAGGUAAUAAAAUAAAACGUU